AUCCGCUGGAACACCAAAAAUCACCUCUAGUUUCUCCCCAGCAAGCCUUCCAUCCUUCCCAUCUCUUUAGGAACAAAACAAUGGCGACGACCCUUCAUUUCCGUGCUUCACCUUCCUUGACCCUCCCUAAACAAAAUCAAUUCUCAAAGCUGUCUGCAUUUAGAUACAACUCAUCACAAUUUAUAUCGCGGCGAAGCCAAUUAUCGUUCAAAAUUUGCUCAUACAAAGUCGUUAUUGAGCAUGAAGGAAGCACAACAACACUCGACGUAGACCCGGACGAGACUAUUCUUAGCAAAGCUUUGGAUAGUGGCAUGGAAGUUCCUCAUGACUGUAAACUUGGUGUUUGUAUGACUUGUCCUGCUAAACUCAUAAGUGGUUCCGUUGAUCAGAGUGAUGGUAUGCUAAGUGAUGAUGUUGUCGAUCGUGGUUUUGCAUUAUUAUGUGCAGCUUAUCCUCGUUCCGAUCGUCAUAUUCGAACAAUCCCUGAGGAAGAACUUCUUGCAAUGCAGUUAGCAACAGCUAAUGAUUAAGUGGUUUGCGUUUCUUGACACUAAUAGAUUUUGUUUUCUGAUAACUACCCGAAAUUACUUAUUGUCAAUAAGAGUCUUGAAUUGUAAUGAAAGGGUUGAAAUGAGUGUUAAGAUGAUACUCCAGCAGUCCCGGAGGUAAGAACUAUAUACAUGUUCAUUUCAAUUGGCAAUAGCAAAUGACUUUUGUGUUUAAGUUUUUCAUAUGGAGUUUGAAUUUGUAUCAUGUUUUGGGAUUAAUGCGACUUGAAGAGUAAAAUAGAACUUCCACAAUUUCGUGUCUUGCAAUUCUAAAUCAAAAUUGUAUU